ACCCUCUUUGACUAUCACUGCGCACACCGCACAGAUACGAACGAGCGAGAAAGUGAGGAACCCAACCACACGCUCUCUCCUUUUUCUCAGCAGCUUUGGACUUUGAGUUUGCGUUUUUCGAGGACGACACUAUGUAAAGUGUUUUGGGGUUGCUCGCCUUACACUCUCGCUCUCCGCUGCGACGUCGUUUUACCACCAAACGACCGCACCGACACUCCUUGCUUCUUCUCCAAGCUAGACGACCUUCCGUUUCUCUGCAUUUUUCACGCGCCGAUUCUCUGUUGAGCUAUUUGUACUUUAAGUCAUGAUCACAUUGAAUUAUAUUGCUAUCAAAUUGAUUAGGAAGAGUUGAAAGCUAGAAGGCUCCUUAUAGCUACAAUCUUUACCAUUACUUUCUAUCUGAAGUCUGAAUUGGGUGGCCAGUAAAAGGAGGAGGAGAAAUUUUGUGCAGCUGAAAAACAAGCAGUAGUAUUUUCCCAACUGCACUCUCUUUGGACAACAAAAAGGUUGUACAUUGUUUUCAAAGCCGCAGCCGAGAUGGUUUAUUCAGCUGAUGCCAGGUGAGAGUGAGAUUCUGGAAACCAUCCAUCAGAAUGAACAGAAAAAUUAAUGACAGGUUGAAACCGGAGAAAGCUUCUUUGUCAUACGCUGACUUUCAUCAUGAAAUUACCAAAAAUGAGGAAGACAACUCUUUAAAACCUUACCGAAAUAAGCAAAAGCAAGCAACUUAUCGAAGGGCAAGUGAGGAAGAUGAGCUGGUUAAGUAUAUGUCGAAUCUACCAGGUUACUUGGAGAAGGGAGAAAAAAUUCCCGAUAAAGCUUUGAAUGUUGGGGUGCUUGAUUGGGCCACUCUACAACAAUGGCAGUACAGCCAUAAACAUUUGCCCUUAAGUAGCCGGAGCUCGACAUCUACUGGUAAUACAUCAUCUUCUGUUUCAGCAGAGGAAUUAUCUGGUAAUUCUAGCAAAGGUCCUGUUUGUUCUCCUUCACGUCAAAGAAUAUUUCGUCCGUCGCUGAAAUCUCACUUCAUGGCAUCUCCAAUGCAAGACUACUCUGCAUCUGUCAAAUCCUCUGGAGGGAGUUUUGGAAAUUGUCAGAAUCUUAGAGGUGGGUGCAGUAAUAUUGACACACACGGCAAAUAUUCUCAAGUUGGUGAUCAUCUUUCCCAAAACCAUCCUGCUAGUAUACCAAAAGGAUGUGACAGGAGACAACUGAAUCCACAUAUUAGUAAAGAAAGUGAUAUCUUGCCAAAUGGGGGAAUGUAUGAGGCAGCAUCACAUACUACGACUGAAAUGAGCUCUCAAGAUGAUAGACCAGAAAAGAAAGUGGAGAAUUUCAGACAACCAAACAUUGAUGCUGAUGAGCAAGUUAUGCUUGGGAAAAGCAAACCUAUUGUUCUUAUUUUGCCUAGAGACAUUCCCCAGAAUAAUCAUUGUGAAGUUCCUGAUAUGCAAACAUCCUUGGGUCAAAAGCUAGGAAGUCCCACUGGAACAAGAUUUUCAGAAAAACCUAAGGAACCUCCCUGUAGAUAUCCAAAUUCCAAUAUUUCCAAAACAUGUCCUCUGCCAGAUGAAAUUAGAGGAAUCCGUUAUCAGCCGGAAAGGUCAGGAUCUAGUUCCACAGAUCCAGAAGGUAUUAAAAUUCCUGCUUCUACUUUAUCAGCACCUGUACCAGUCAGAACAGGGAUAAUAAGUCCAUGCAGAUCUAGAAAGGCUGAGGAAAAGAAACACAACAUUGGUGCAUCUUCAUCUGCAAAUGGGUCUCUCAAGGGAUUAGAUCAGAAAGUAACAACUGAGAAACCAAGAAGUUCUUCACCUUUUCGGCGAUUUAGCUUCAGCAUUGGCUUUACAGGUAAAGGUUCUGGCUGUAAAGAGGUUGCACAUGUGCCACAUCAGAGCUCCAUAGCAGCACUUAAAUCUAGUUCAGAAAAUGUGAGAGGUUAUGCUAGCUCAAAAAUUUCAGGCAAUGAUAAACCUGGUAAUGCUGUCAAAAGCAGGUCUAGUAGCCCUUUAAGGAGACUACUGGAUCCCCUGCUGAAACCAAAGACAUCAGACCAUCGCUCGGUGGAGUCAUCUCAAAAAGAUUCAGUGGUAAUAAAGAAGAAUUGUAGGUCAGCUAAUGGGGGAUUUGCUAUGGAGAAAGAACUGGACAGGGACCAGAGUGUUGGUUGUAAAAAUACAACAAUUAAUACAGUUGAUUUAUCAAAGAACAAGAAGUAUGUGCCGUCAACGUUUCAAGCUCUUCUAAGAAUUGCUGUGAAGAAUGGUCAGCCCCUUUUCACAUUUGCUGUUGACAAUAAUAGCAACAUUCUUGUGGCCACAGUGAAGAACUUGGCUGUCUCAAAGGAAGACGAAUGCAAUCGUAUCUAUACAUUUUUCACCUUUAGGGAGGGAAAAAAGAAGAACGGAAGUUGGAUGAAUCAAGCAAGCAAAACCCAAGGUCCCGAUUAUAUUCAUCAUGCUGUUGCCCAAAUGAAGGUUUCUGAUUCACACCAUUAUGAUUCAACUAGCCAGAAUUGUGUGGACUCCUCUACAUCAAAAGAGUUUGUUUUGUUUUCUGUAAAGUUAAAGCAGGGAGAUGCUCAGGUCACUGAUUACAAACCAAAUGAUGAGCUUGCUGCUAUUGUUGUCAAAUCAGCUAAGGCUGUCAAUUUUAUCAAUUAUGCACAUCAGAGCAGUUGCCAGAAUGACAGUCAAGAUCUACAUGUAACAGUUGUGCUCCCAACUGGGGUUCACAGUUUUCCAAGUAACGGAGGACCUUCAUCACUGAUUGAGCGCUGGAGAACAGGUGGAUCAUGCGACUGUGGUGGUUGGGAUAUGGCUUGUAAACUUAAGAUUCUUGCAAAUGAAAGUCAAGCAUGUAGAAAAUCAAGAAUAUCAAAAGCUUGUUUCCCACAUCCAUUUGAGCUUUUCCUCCAGGUGAAUGACCAAGGCCUAGAGAACCAGCCUGCUUUCAGUUUUUCCCCCUUUAAGCCUGGGGUAUAUUCGGUAGCUUUUGAUUCCUCAUUCUCACUUUUGCAAGCAUUCUCCAUCUGCAUAGCGUUAGUUGAUGGCUUGAUCUCAUAUGAACUUUCUGGAUCAAGAAACUACAUCGAAGGAAAAAAUUCGAGAGAAACUAUGUUGGUGCAAACAGAUGAACUAAAGGCUUUUGGCAAAUUAGAGGACAUUCCUGCAAGUUAUGUUGCUUAUCCUCCCCUCUCUCCAGUUGGUAGGGUCUAAAAUUAACAUGAAGUCAUGCCUGAUGUCUUUUGCCAUUAAAUGCACAAUGUGGGUAACCAGCGAAGAUGUUACUAUGUGUUACUCAUAUCUGCUGCAUAGUGAUCAAAGUCAGGUUCAUUGACUCAAUCAUAAAUCAUCAUUUUGAAACAUGAAUCAAUUGAAGUGUGAAUAGUACGAGUAAAUUGUAUUUUAGCUUCUGGUAGUUUAUGCAUAUUCAUUAUCUCUAUUACUUUGCUGACCGCUGAAUAAAUCAUGUAUUUAGAGGCUUACCGUUGAUGGUUAAAUGACCACACUCGAUAUGCCAUUUCAAGUAA